AUGCCAACCCCCACCAAGUCACACCCCCUACUUAAAUCUCAGAACCCCUCACGAUUCUUCACGAUUCUCUUUUUGGUACAGAGAAGCAAGGUCCAUCUAGAGUAUCUUGGCUAUGGCGGUGACGACGCUCUCUUCGGGAAAGAGGAAAAGGAUAUCCCGGCCCAUUAUUUUCCGCCGACCGACAGUGAUAGGACUAUAUAUUUUAAAGGCCGUUAUUUGUCGAUAUACAAUAAAGACACGGAACACUACGCAACGCAUGAAGUCCACGACCAUCCAACAACAGUCUACAAACCGUUCACAGUACCCGCCGGUUAUACCACAUACGUGAGGGUUGCCAGCGUCUACUUCAAGCUCUAG